AUGGGCAUCGUGUUGACAGCCUUCAGUGCUCCAAACAGAGAGAAUUCUUAUGCAAAUUUAAGAAUCUGCCCUUGUGGAGAGGAGCGAUCUCCUUUUACAACUGUCUGGGAUUUGUAUGGAGGUGGAAUUCGGCAGUUACAGAAAACCAGUAGGAGCCUUCUGAGCUCACAGAACCUCCAGAACAUCAGCUGGAAGUGCAGUGGCUGCAUCUGGAGACCCUGUGCCCCAGUCCUCGGGCUGAGCUUUGAAGAAGAGACCUCCAGCAGCACUGGUGAGUACAGAGAUGGCCACGGAGACAGAAAUGAAAGCGGCAGAGCACCGCGAGGGCACAGCCGAGGCUUGUGGAGACAGCGCUCCAACUCUCCAGACAGCAUGUCUACUUCUGGAGAACUCCUCCUGGGACUGAAGAUGUUAAAUGUGCAGCAGGAACCAAGUUGCACUGCCUCUGCUCUAUCGGCCUAUGAAUUAAGGAAGUCCAUGUGGAAAGAAGAGAGGAAUGCAAUUGAAAAAAAACAGAAUGGAGACCACAGAGAUCAGAAGCUGUCAAGCAGUUUCCCUGAGCUCCUGCCCUGCUCUGACGUCACCUACACUUGCAGCAAGAGGAACCAGGCUGACAUGGACCAGUCAGAGGGAAAGAGGGCACAGAGGCCCUAGACUAGAAAAAAUUUCUCUCUUGUUUGGCCAAAAGGCUGGGUGUGGACAGAAUGGGAGACCAGGCAGCUUUCCUGGAAUAAGCAACUAUUUCUUUUGAUCCUCUGUGUUCUGGCCAUCUUUCUGGGGAACUUGAAAAAGUUUUCUGAAUUUAGGUUCCCAGUCAUUUCUAUACUUAGUCCUUAUUCUUGAUUGAAUCCAUUCUAGAACAAAAAGGCAAAUUUUACAGCAAUGUUGAUAAUCAGAGCUGUGUACACCAAGGAAAUGAAUACCUGUUAUCAAAAUGUUGGAAUCCUUCUCUAACACUUGAUAACAAACCCCUCCUCUGAGUCCCCAGCAUGUCGCUACUGCCACCGUGGCCACCCUGGCCCUAUUCCUAAAAUCUUUUGCAUCACCCCAUAUGGCAGCUCUUAAAGAAGCAACGUCUGGCCUCAGUAGAACGUGCCCCACAGUCCUGCUUCACCACCCCAUGACCGAUGUUCUUUCUAAUUGGCUGGUUCUUGGCUUUUAUAGCUAAGUUUAUUGCAUAUUAGCCUUGUAUAAAGAUCCCAGAAAAUAACAGGCAUGAAUCAAGUGGGCGGGUGUAGCACAAUGGGAAGUAAUGGGAAAUGUGGGAACCUGGAGGGCUCCCACCUCUUAAAGAAGCAGUUGCUAUGUUGUCGUUGCCAUGGGGGAAUGUAGGCUGAAGGUGCUAAAUCUUCUGUACUUCAAGAGAAACCAGAAAUUGUGCUUUUAAUAAAAAAUCUCUGAUUUCUUAACAUUGAGGUACCAUCAGUGUUGGCCUGCUAUUGUGUGGGCCCAGCUAGACUGGAUAGGCUCCAUGUGUCAUGAGUUUGCAACCCUGCUUUAAGCAUGUGGAGUUGUCAGAGCCUUCUUAUGCCUCACUCAUGAAACAGGCCAGAGGGAAGAUGCGGCCCUAUGGCUGGGUAAUUAAAUAUAAUUUCAAAUUGAAACUUUGAAGCAGUAAGUGAAAUUUAUAAUUACAGCAAUCUCCUUUUUUACUGUACUUUAGAUUUUGCCAAGUGUUAUCAAAUAUGGCAUUUGAGGCUUUCCCUGAUAAUCAGGGUACUACUAUGUGUUUUAAGAGUUGAAAAAAUCCACAUGGAAAGAUUAUGAAAAUUGCCAAAUAGCAUCCAGAUAUAUUCAGAAUUGGGUCUUCACUUUAGUACCAUUGAAUUGAUCCUUCCAAAACAUUUGUUUAAAAUGUCUAUUAUACCUUCAGUCUUAUAGAUAUACCAGAUGUAACACCAGGUAAUUAUUCUAGAACGAUAGCCUUUUGGACCCUAUUUCUCAUACUCAUUUGAAGUGAUCCAUCAGUAUAUGCAAAACAUGUCAUGAAGGUCAAAACAUGUGUUUGGAAUAGAUUACAUUAUUGUUACCAGCUCUUUAAUAAAAUUAUACAUCAAGUUCUUAGCCAUGUGAACUUUAAGUUCUUUCAGAGUGAUCAGAGCAGAAUUUCUUUGGCGAAUGGCCGGGGGUGGGAGUCAUGUGCCAGUCCAUAGCGGAGGGUUAAGAGGCAUUCAGUGUUUUCACUGUGUCCCCUUCAGCUUCUGUAAUUUGCUCUAAGAGGAGAUUGUCCUAGUUCUCUAUUCCUGCUUCACCGCAGAUGGACACAUAUGGUGCAGACACAGACCUGACCUAGAGCCUGGAACCACAUCCAGCUCAACUCAGCAAGGUCAGCAGAAACCCAGAUGACCCACUGGGCCAUAGGCAAGAAAAUAAAAAUGUGUUAAUAUAAUCUCCUGAGAUACGAGAGCCAGGGGGUUGUUUGUCAUGUGGCAUUAUUGAAGCAAUAUCUGACAAGGUUUUUAUAACCAUCUUAGUGUAAAUAAUAAUAUCCAUGCUUAGACCAUGAAAGAUUCAUCUUAACCAUAGACAAAAAUCUCAGCUAGCUCAAUAAGGAGAAUAUAUGCUUUUGGAGUAGUACAGCCUUUCUUCUUCUAAACUGGUAUUCCCAGUGUUGAUUGGAUAAAGAACUAAGGAAAGAAAAUGGAAAGUAAGAAACCACAUUUUCUUAAAAAUGUAAUGAAAUUGAGAUAGAAAGUGAUUAAUGACCUUGGAAAACAACAGUAUUGAAACACUGUUGCUGAUCCUGGAUAAGGUUGACCAUUACUAAGGAAAAACUAUGGAGUCCUUUGUUUGUAAAAGCAAAAACAAACACAAACACAUUUCUAAUUAAUUUUAUUAGUACAUUUUAGGUAUACAGUAUGACAUUCAUCAUUGGCGAUUUGCACCUUUACAUAAUCUAUAUUGGUUCUUCUUUUUCCCCCUUCCCCUGCCCUCCCUUCAACUCCUCCAAAUCACCCCCCCAUUUACAAAGACUUUGUUUCCUUUUUUUCUUUUUCUCAUAUUACACUUUUGCUUUUUACUGGUUGAAUUAUUUCCACUUCCUAUUGAUUGAAACAAGCUUUCUCUCUUUUACUUUUGUCAGCUUUCUUGAACUAAAAUGAAAAUUGUGUCUCAGAGAAUCUGAGGGAGAGCCAUCAGUUAUUUUUAACCCAAGCUAUGCUUCAGAAUCACCUAGGAAACUUUUCUAAAUUCUAGUUGCCUGGCAUCUCUCGCAGAAAUUCUGAUUUAAUUGGUCUGAGUAGAGCUGGGCUAAUGUACGUGGGGAUCCACCCCCCACCCCUGUGAUUAUCAUGUGCAGCUGGAAUUGAAAAUCAUUGUCCUUACAGGAGACGGGAGAUGGUUAAUGACAAAGUUAAUAAAAAUAUCCUUACAGUAAAUGAGAACAAUUUCUCUAUUUUUUAUUGUAGUAAAAUCCACGUAACACAAAGUUUACCAUCUUAACCACUGCAAGUGUACACAGUGGUAUUAAAUAUAUGCAUCAUGUUGUGCCACCAUCUGUCACCUGAAGUCUUUUCAUCUUGUAAAGCUGAAAUUCUGUACCCACUCCCUGAUUCUGCCAGCCCCUGGCAACCACCAUUCAUUCCACUUUCUGUCUCCAAGAUUCUGACUACUCUAAGCACAUUGUUUAAAUGGAAUCAUGCAGUACAGGUACUAGUGGGAGAUACUGCAGGUUCAGUACCACACCACUACAACGAAGUAAAUGUCUCCGUGAAGUAGUCUGGAUAAAAUGAAAGGGGCAGAAAGAGGAUGUUAAGGCUCCCGUUGCUUUGCUACCUUCGGUCCACCAUGAACUGUUGCCCCUCUGCCAUGCCAGCCUGCCGUGGAGCCAUUGUGGACUGAAGUCUCUACAAACUGCAAGG